AUGAUUGAGGGAAUGGUGAAGGAUGGUGUUAUUGAACCUUCAUCUAGUCCAUGGUGUUCACCUGUGGUGAUGGUAAAGAAGAAGGACGGCAGCAUGCGGUUUUGUGUUGACCACCGCCACCUGAACGACGUUACAAAGAAGGACAGCUAUCCCUUGCCAAGAAUUGAUGACACGCUGGACAUGCUUACAGUCGUAAAGUGGUUUAGUAUGCUGGAUCUGAAAAGUGGCUACUGGCAGGUUGAAAUUGACCCUAAGGACAAGAAGAAAACUGCAUUCCCCACAGGAAAGGGGCUGUGGCAAUUUAAAGUCAUGCCGUUUGGAUUGUGCAAUGUUCCAGCAACGUUUGAAAGGUUGAUGGAGCUUGUACUUACCGGGCUAAUUGGAGAUGCCUGUCUAGUCUAUUUGGAUGACAUCAUCAUUGUAGGCCGUACGUUUGAGGAACACCUUCAAAACCUGGAACGUGUGCUCACAAAGAUCCAGAGUGCCAACCUCAAGUUGAGUCCGAAGAAAUGCUCACUAUUCAAACGGCAAGUUAGUUUUUUGGGGUAUGUAGUGUCGGAAGAUGGUAUCCGCACGGUUCCAGAGAAAAUUGCCGCUGUCAAGGAGUGGCCGGUUCCAAAUGACAAGACGCAGGAGCUCAAGAACCGUCAGUGCAAAACGCCUAUUUUGGGGUACCCUGAUGCGGGCAAGGAAUUCAUAGUUGACACAGACGCAAGUGAUAUAGGACUUGGCGGUGUGUUGUCUCAACGGAAUGGUGAUCAAGAGAUUGUGAUAGCGUACUUCAGCAAGUCAUUGUCAAAGCCGGAAAGGAACUAUUGUGUCACAAGACGGGAAUUGCUUACUGUGUUCAAAAAUCCGGAAGGACAAGUUGCGAGAUGGAUUGAACUACUACAGGAAUACGACUUUGUGAUCGAACAUCGCAGCGGGAAAUCUCAUGGUAAUGCAGAUGCAUUAUCAAGAAGACCUUGCCCUGAAGAUUGCAAGCAUUGUACUAGGCAAGAGGGUAAAGAAGUGGUAUCUGCGAGGAUAUUCAGGACAGUCCAGCUCAGCAAUGAAUGGAAGGACAGCUUACAACAUGCACAGCAGGAAGAUUCGGACAUUAAGCCGAUUCUGGAAUGGAUGAAGGCCAGUGCUCCUAAGUCCAAGUGA